CUGCAUUGGUCGAGCUCUCGGCCAAUCGCGUCGCGCUUUGCAAUGUUUACCUCCCCCCCCUCCCCGGAGUUAUGCCCCAGAGUGCUGUGCGCGGAGCGAGAGGAAAGCGAUGGACGCGACAGCGGGGCAGCAGACACUGGGGGAGGUGAUACAGGCCCUGACGGCCAUGGGCUUUGAGGAGUCCCGUGUGCGGGAGGCUUUGAGCGCGGGCUUCGUGUCACUGCAAGACGCAGUGGACUGGCUAAUUCAGGGCGACAGCGUGAGGCGGCAGCCGGGUAGCAGCGCUCAACUCUCCCUCAAGUGGCCCGCUACGUCAGUGAGCCAGGGCGCCAUGGCAGCCUUCAACCACCCGGCUGAGCUACCUGGAACUUCCCAGAGCAUGGAUUCUGCACAGCUGGGAUCUGGAAGCCAAGAAUUAAAGGUGGUUUCCAGAAAACGGAACCCCGAAAAAGAAAAUUUUGGAGACAAGCAGAGAGAGCAAGAAGCCAUUGAUGCCAAGGCAGAGAAACAGCGCAAGAUCAAGGAGCGUGAGAUGGUUUUGAAGAGGAUUGAAGAGGACAGAAAGCAGCAGCAAGAAAAGCCAUCGCUUGGGUCUGGACCAAGCACAGAGGGGGGCGGCGUGCUUGGAGGCCGCCGCCAGACCAGUGUGUCUGGACAGUGCCUCCUACAGAUUCGCCUGCCAUCUGGAGAGUUAUUGCGCGACCGCUUCCCGUGCGCGUCCACUCUGCGCAAUGUGCAAGCGUACCUCAGCGAACACCGUCCCGGGCUCCCAUUGCCCGUGCAGCUCUUCCAGCCAUAUCCACGGCAGGACUUUGGCACCGCUGAACUAGAGCUGACGCUCGCAGAGUUGGGGCUUGUGCCCAAUGGCACACUGUGCGUGCGUAGGGCUGAGGAGAGUUCCCGAGCAGAUGCAUCUCCAAGCUGUGCCUGCCCCAUGCCUAAAGAGGGUGGUGGUGUCACUCAGUCAACACAGGGCCACUUCUGUGCAUCACAAGAUGAAGAGGCUGUUAAUAAUGAAGCUAUCACAACACAGGGUGGCAGCGCUGUUGGAGUCGACACUCCUGUUGUGACAGACGUGACGGUCACACGGAUCACUGUUGUUAAGACAACUGAGGACUGCAGCGUGGGUGCCAUAGAGGGUGAGGGAUGUUCCUCUGCAAAGCAAGAGCAGGGACGUGGUGCACAUACAGAGAGAAGUACUGAGCCAAUGAGCCACGAAUCGGGCAGGGAUCAAGCCAUGGACAUCGAGAUCGGCAGUGGGGACGUGGCUGAGGAGGCAGUACAGGAGGCAGCACGUGGCUCUGAUGGGCAGAUGGAGCUGGAGGAGCAACCCCAUCCAGACUUGGACGAGGAUGGACAGCUACCACAGAGGUUUGGCUUCCAUCACAAUUGGGGGAGAGGACUCAACUUUGAUGCAAUGGAGGAGCAUGAUGACCACCGUUUUGAUCCUCAUGAGAGAUUUGGACUGCAACAAGUACUGGGCUUUCCUCCAAGAGCCAGGCAGCACCACGAUCUUUUCCCAGGGCAGGGACACCGGCUACAGGAUGAGGGCGCAGAUGGCGAUGGGCCUGACCGUCAGCCGCCGCACUUUGAGGUGGCGCUGCCCCCCUUUCCCAGUGUGAACUUUGAUCCUGGACUGAGGCCAACACGUGGCAGGGUUAUUCCACCACUUGGCGAGCUGGCAUUGAGCACGGUGUGUGUGCUGAUUACCGACCCCAGCAUGCAGUUCACCAGCAGCCUGGCCGGGCUGAACCCAUCCGUAGCCGAGAAGAUCAUUGCUCAUCUGGUUAAGGAUGAGAGGCUACGUCCGAGGACCCUUGAUUUGUUCCGGGGCUGUCCAUUGCAGUGCCUGCGCUUGGACUGCUACUCGCUCACCACUAAUGAACUGCUUCAUCAGCUGCGGCUAUUUCCAUCCCUCAAGAGCCUUAGCCUUCUUUCCUCCUCACUCAUCACUGACCGGAGUCUCGAGUGCCUUACAUCAUUGUCGCGGUUGCACCACCUCAACCUGGCGUCCUGCGUUAUGCUGUCUGACAAGUGCCUCGUUUACAUUAAAGAGCUGAGGAGCCUGAAGCAGCUGGUGUUGGACAGGACGCGAGUGACCGAUGCAGGCUUGCUUGCGUACCUGGAGCAGGCGCCGCCGUCGCUCGUCCAGCUUAGCCUGAACCAGACAGCCGUCACCGAGGCCACCGUGCGGGAGCUGCCGCGCACCGUGCCACAACUGCAUGGACUCAGCGUCAAAAACACCGCGGUUGUGGACGUGUCCUGCUUGCGCCAGCUGCUAUCAUUGCAUGCACUCAGCCUGGACAACACGGCGGUGAGCGAGGAGUCGCUGGCCGCACUUGCGGACCACCCUACGCUCGCAUAUCUCAGUCUGUUUGGCGUUCGCUCAGUUGAAGGCGACCAGGCUCUGCGUCUUCUCUCAGGGCUAAGGCUCAGCGUGCUGCGUCUGCCAUGCAGGCUCACCGUGACGGAUGCAGGCCUGGAACAUAUCACGCGACUCACACUGCUCACAGAGCUCAACCUCACGGACUACAUUCACAUCUCUGAUGCCGGCGCACAGCACAUUGCAUGUCUUAAGGGCCUGAAGCAGCUGGUGCUGAGCAACACGCGUGUGACGGACUGUGGCCUCGAGAAGCUGCGUGGUCUUCGAUUGCUCGAGGAACUCAGUCUGGACCGCACGCCCGUCACCAGUCGCGGUGUGGCAGCCUACGUCGUCUCCCUGCCACACCUGCAGGUGCUAAGCCUGGUGGAGACGAAUGUGGGGAACAGUGUCCUGAAGCAUGGGAUUCGCCACUGCAACCGCCUCACCAAGCUCAACCUGAGCCGCACCCGCAUCACAGACAGGGGCCUGAGACAGCUGCGCUUGCCGGUGCUCGCGCAGCUGAACCUGGACCACACGGGGGCCACCUUCGCUGGUUUGUCGGCUCUCUUAACGUCCUGCCCCAGCAUCGUCUCUCUCAGGGCCAGUGGCUUGAGGACCAUCAGCAAUAAUGAUGCAUCCGAUGUGGAGGAGGCAACGGUCGGUCCUUAGCCUGUCUGACGUGAGUGGGCUGUGACUGGGUAUGGAGCAAAUAUACCACUGGUGCAUUAUCUGCCACGUACCCUUAGACGUUCCACCGAAAUGCAGAAAUUUGGCAGUUGUGCACUGAAGUUUUAAAAAAUUUGGGCUGAAAAAAUGCACUCAUGUGGAAGAGCAGUGGUUCAGAGGAUAUGUACAAUUCGUGUUUCAGAGUGAAAAAAGUGGUGGUGUCUUUAAAGUAUGCCGAUUGGAAGGGUAAGUGGACCAGAUAUGUGGUUGAAACAUAAAGCAAUAACCUAGCACUGUUAAGUAUGUUUAUUAAAUAUCCGCUCUUAAAUUUAUGGUCUCUUGCCAUGGUGAAUGUACGUGUCUAUCCAUUUAGCAUACCAUUAAUACAGUCUAGCUUAACUGGCAUAUAACAGUGACAUCAAUGUGCCACUUGAAAGACAUCAGCUAAAAUGUAUAAUGGCAGUCCCUUUCGUAUGGAUUCUAUUGGCUGUUCAGCGCAGUGGAUCUCGUCCAUUCCACCUUUGAAGGAAUGAAGACAGCAGGUGUUUACAAUGCGAUCGAUGGUUUGGGAUGUGGCCGUGCUUGCACCGAAUCUUUGAUGUGCCAUUUGUGCAUCAGGUGGCCACAUUGGCCAUGCCCGAUCCUGAUUCGGUUGAUGGUCGACCGUUGGCAGCGUGUAAGGUUGAAACUGGGAGGUUCGACGGUCGGCUCCUGUAUGAGAUGUUUAUUUUUGACGUCGGCCGCAGUCAAGACUUGCUUCCAUCUCUCGCCUUCAUUUGUAUUUGUGGUGUGGAGUGAUGCUGCUGCGAUUCAGAAGCUGUGACAUGGUUUUAGGCGAACAGGCAGCGCUGGAUUUACAUCCCAAUGUAUCGGAAGGUGUGGGCUGAUAUUUUUUUGUACUCGUGACCGGCCGCUGUCUCACGACAGAUUUGCUGAGAAGCGAUGUGGGUAAGCACUGAGACCCACUGGGUCGGUGUCGAUUUCAGCGUAACUGAGUUGGCACGCAUUGUGAUGUUCAGUUGCGUGUCGAUAACUCAAGUGAGCGAUGCGUCCCCUACACAGGUGAGCAAUACAUGGCAGUCCCUGAAUUACGUAGACUUGUUGAUUGUCCAGCAAAGUGGCUUCAAUGAGCAAGACUAUAUUUAAAUCAAUCAGAUUAUUGACCCCAACUUGGAUUGAAUUUUGACAUUUACGUUUUUUUGUUUCUUAAUCACUUGUAUGCUCACAUUUAAAUACUUUGCAGCAAUGGCAUAGAUGACCCAUAUAUCCAAGACAUUCAUCUCAGGGCCUUGCAUGUUCUGCUGGUGUCUAACAUAAAAGGUUUGUUAUUUUUGUACAGGGAACUCAAAUGCACUGACGAUCUUUUAAAGUUGGAGCAAAUAGUGAUAAAGUAAAAAAGAUAUAUUACUCUCAUCACUUCAUGCCAGUCUAUGUAUGAUAGAGAUAUAUAUAUGCAGUAAAUUACAUUGAGCCAUAUAUCACGUAUCGGAUUUUGCGGUUGAGUUUGGAAAAGCUGCUUUAUGUGAAUUAUAUUUGUUUGAGGUCAAUGCCUUAAGUCGAUGCAUAGAUAAUUUUAUUUUUCUGAGCAAUUGUUCUUUUGGAAAGUGCUUUCAUUUUAAAUAAACCACAUCUGCAAUACUGUCAUGCCCACAAAGGACACAUGAACUAGACAACCAUUCACAUUUUAUACGUAAAUAUUAUUUACCGUAAUAAUAUGGUGAUUAUAAAAGUGACAACAUAGUUGCAUACUUAUUUUAAUUGCAAAAACCCUUGUGAAUGUUGCAUGUUUUAAUAUAUAUCUUGAGUUCAGAAUGAUACAGAAUUUCAGCAUUUCCAAUGGAUGUAACAAAACUGAAUACAUUAAUUGCAAGAAUAAUGUAAUAUAUUUUCAGCUUUUAAUAAACCAAAGAUUAAGGAUACGUUUUGCAUUUGUUACGAUUCUAAAUUCUUGUGAGUACUGAGCAAAGCAUAUACAGAUGCAAUCUAUAAAAAAAUGGACAGCUUUUAUUUCAUACAUAAACAGAACAUGCACAAUAUUGCACCCUAAUAUCCUUUAAAACUGCAGGCAGUAUACUAAGUAUGCUUCACAUUAAAAAAGCUCUGAUUAAAGUCAA